AUGAGGUCCAAGGGAAGGGUUCUUGAUCCUCAGGGGCAAUUCCUGCAGACAUGGAACAAGAUAUUUGUGAUAUCAUGUCUUAUUUCAGUUUCUGUGGACUCACUGUUCUUCUACGCCCCGGCGAUUGAUGGUGACGACAGCUGCUUAGUGUUUGGUCGCGGUGUAUUGGUUGAGGACACAUUUGAAAUAGCAAAGCGGUAUUUGACAACAUAUUUUCCGAUUGAUUUCUUAGCUGUUCUGCCCUUCCCUCAGGUGUUUGUGCUGUUAGUGCGACCCCAUCUCCAAGGUUUGAAGGUUAUGACGGAGAAAAAUAUACUAAUGCUAAUAGUCAUAUGUCAAUAUGUGCCUCGACUGAUCCGAAUAAUACCGCUCUACAUUCAAAUCACAAGAUCAGCUGGUACAGUUAUGGACACAGCAUGGCCGGGUGCUGCCUUUAACCUUCUAGUUUAUAUACUUGCUAGUCAUGUCAUUGGAGCUCUCUGGUACAUUCUUGCCAUUCAACGAGAAGAAACCUGUUGGAGAGAAGCUUGCAAUGGCCAGGAUGGUUGCGAUCGUGCAUCUUUAUAUUGUGGAAGUGCUGUAUAUGGAAAUAAUACUUUCUUACAAGAUGCUUGCCCAACAAACGGUGAUGCCGAUAUAGAUCCAAUCUUUGGAAUUUACCUACCAGUUCUCCAGAAUGUUUCACAGUCAACGGGUUUCUUCGAAAAAUUAUUCUACUGCUUUUGGUGGGGGCUACAAAGUCUAUGUUCUUAUGGUCAAAACCUGAAAACAAGCACUUACAUAUGGGAGAAUUUGUUUGCUGUUUUUGUCUCAACUUCAGGUUUAGUAUUAUUGGCGCUCCUUAUUGGUAAUGUGCAGACCUAUUUACAAUCAGCCUCUGGGCAUAUAGAAGAAAUGAGACUGAAAAGACGUGACAUGCAGCAAUGGAUGGCACACAGACUACUUCCUGAGCAUAUCAAGGAACGAAUACUGCGUCACGAUCAAUAUAAAUGGCAAGAGACGCAAGGGGUUGAUGAAGAAGACCUCCUUACAAAUCUUCCUAAGGAUCUUAGGAGAGAUGUAAAGCGUCAUCUUUGUCUAUCACUUCUCAUGAGGGUUCCAAUGUUUGAAAAGAUGGAUGACCAGCUCUUGGACGCCAUGUGUGAUCGUCUAAAGCCCAUGCUGUACACAGAAGGAAGUUGCAUCAUUCACGAAGGCGGCCCAGUGAAUGAGAUGUUCUUCAUCAUGAGAGGAACGCUUGAGAGCAUGACUACAGAUGGUGGGAGAAUGGGCUUCUUCAACUCCAAUGUUCUCAAAGGCGGCGACUUCUGCGGCGAAGAGCUCCUCACAUGGGCUCUGGAUCCCACAUCAGGCUCAAACCUUCCCAGCUCCACCAGGACAGUGAAGACGUUGUCGGAAGUCGAAGGUUUCUCUCUAAGGGCUGAUCACUUGAGGUUCGUGGCCACCCAGUACCGGAGGCUCCACAGCAAACAGCUCCGGCACACCUUCAGGUUUUACUCACAGCAAUGGAGGACCUGGGCUGCUUGCUUCAUACAGGCAGCUUGGCACAGGUACUGCAGGAAGAAGAUGGAGGAUAGUUUGUACGAAAAGGAGAUGAGGUUCCAAGCGGCCAUUGUCAGUGACGGCUCUACUUCUCGCAGCCUUGGUGCAGCGCUCUAUGCCGCACAUUUCGCUUGCAACAUGGUACGGGUCUUACGGAGAAGUGCCGCCAGAAAGGCACGUUUGCUGGAAAGGGUGCCUUCAAGGCUGUUGCUGAAGCCAGCAGAACCCAACUUUUUCGCUGAAGAAGAGUGA